GAUGAGAAACCACACCUUCUAGUUAAUUCGUCUUCAUGAUUUUUUUUAUAAAUUUUUUUUAACUAUGAAGGUGUUUUUGAGCCUUCUAUUAAGGCCAAGCCCUUCCACAGUCUAGCAAUAUGAAGACAAUUGAAUGUCUAAUUUUAAUUACUUACUACAUGUUAUGAGUAUAAGAUUUUUAUAGAAAACAAAACACUUACUUUUUCUUAAAAAAAUAAUCCUCUGUUCAAAGAGAAUCUGAAAGAAACUGAGGGAUUGGAUCUUGUCGAGUCUGAAAGGAGGAAACUGAAAGCUAUAUUUAUGGUAAAUGGAAACAAAGAAAGAUAGUUUUUCAAUCAAUGAAAGAUAUCACGCCUAGUUUUCAUGCAAUCAUGGAAUCCAAAGUCUCUCUCUUUCUAUAUCAACUUUUAUUUUGCUGGUUUUUUACAGUCCUUUUAUUGCAUUCUAUGGAUUUACAUGGCAGCAAGACGAGAACCCCAAAACGUGGAAAUGUGUAAGAAAAGCACAAAACAACAAAACAAAACAGAAAACCAGAAAAACCCAGAAACAGAAAGGUCUUUCUCUUGUCUUUCCUUCCUUGCAAUCUCAAAAAAUUCAAUCUUUAAUGCAAGAAACACACGAAACCCAAGGUUUUUAUAGGCUUUAAUUUAGUGAUCAGUACAGCCUGAGGGACUAAUCGCUUUCUCUUUUCAGUCCCUCUUUCUAGCUAGCUACCAAGUGUGUUUUAUGUGCUGUGUUGUUUCAGUAACACUGCCUAUAGCUUCUUAGGUUUACAGCAGCUGUGGUACCUAUAAGUAUACCCCUUCUUGUAGUAUCACACAACCUGUCUUGGUUGGUUUGUUGGUUGGUUUUUUUCUUUACUCUAUUGUUUCCUUGUAAAUUUCAACAUUUAAUACUUUUUUGGAAACCCCCCACAAAAACCCGAAAAAAUAAAAAUAAAUUGCAACUCUAGCUGUUGCUCUUUUUAUAAAACGAAUUAUUUGGUUUAAAUUUGUCUUCUUUUCUAGAACGUUUGGUUCUUUUUUGAUUUUGCCCUGUGGGUUUUGAGUCACGGAAACCGGUGUUAUUAAGAUUGCUUUUAUUAUUCUUUUUUGGAUUGUGUUACAGAGGCAGAGGAAAGACUGCUGCUUUUGCUGCUACAUUACAAUCAUGGCACACAAUAGAGAAUGAGAGUAGCAGUAGAUGUGGCUAGAACAACAAACAACACUAGUUUUCUUGUUUUUUUGACCUAGCUAUAGCUGCCACUCGUGUUUGAUGCUCGCGCGCUUGCAAAAUAAAGUACAUAGUGAAACUUGAUCACUCACGUUAUCCAGAUCUCGAGACUCUUUUAACCAUUGGUGAUAUUGACAUUUGUUGCAAAUUCAUUAAUUCGUGUGGUUCAAUUUUAGUGUCUGUGCGUGGCAGAGGCACCUUUCCUUCAUCCGCCAUUUUCUUUUAUAAGCCAACCAUUUGAGUUUGGAAUUGUGUUUCAAUGCAUGGCGGUGUGAAUGUUGACUCUUGCGAUGUUAUACAAGCCAUAAUCAAAGGAGGGGUCGGUGAUUAAUAGUGGUUUUUGUAGUGUAGGUGUUGGUUCCUUUGCAUGGAAACCAAGGUACCAGUUAGUAAGAGCUUUGGUCCUUGUUUAUUCAUUUGUUUGUUGUUUUUGUUUCCGGAGUUUAGGUGUCUUAAUUUAUAUUUAUUAUAUAUAUCUUGCCUUGGGAUCUAUCUUAUAUUGGUGGUCUAGAACAUGCUUAUCAAUAGCCUGUCAUUUUGUAUUGGUGCGGAUGUUAGAAGUUGGUUCCUAGUACUUGCCCAAGUAUUUGAAUUGAUUAUUCAGUAGAGUGUCUUGCUGCAUAUUAUAUUAUUUUCAAUUUCUUACAGAGCGAAACCUGGUCCGUUAAUUGUGGCAAUUUGUGGGUUUAUAUAGGGGGUUGUUAGUACUUGAUAUGGUUACUAGAGAAGGGAGUGUUGAGGAUAGUGUUUUUGAUGUGGAAUAUUGGUCUUACGCACUUGAAAAGAUGCUGAGCUCUGAUGAAGGAGAGAGUGAUCUGUUCUUUGAUUCUGUAGAUUACUUGGAAUUGGGGUGUGAUAAGUUAGAGUAUGAUAUUUGGUUGAAUGAGCCACAGAGUGUUAAGGAGAGACGCCAAGGUUUCUUACGCGGAAUGGGUCUAGGUGGGUUUGCUUUCAACAUUGAUGAGAAUCUUGGUUUGGAGAGGAUCACUGAAUGCAGCGAGGCUGUAUCAAGUUCUCUAGUUUCAUGUACAACUAUUGAAGAGGUAAAUUUGGUUAGUUUUAUUGCUGGUAGAGAAGAAAAUUCUGAAGCCAAUUGUAUGGUUGAUGAAAUCCUUCCUUUCUCGAUGGAUAAACCGGGUGCGGCUUCUGAAAACAAGAACAUUGGACCUUCAGUCCAUUUGCGGCAAGGAUGUGAACAAUGGGAAGAAGAAAAAUGUAAGAAGUUUGAUUCAGAAAGAAGUAAAACGAAGAGCUGGUGGAAACUCUUUGUAAGAAAGAGGAAGGAAAGAGGAGGUAGAUGUGCAUCUGGGGUAUCCAAGUUGGAUACCAAAGCACCAAAAACAAACAGAACGAAGGUGAAGCAGAACAAAAAAGGGUGCAUGGAGUUUUCAGGGGUAUACAUGGGACAGGAAAUUCAAGCUCACAAGGGCUUCAUUUGGACAAUGAAGUUUAGUCCAGAUGGGCAGUAUUUGGCUACUGGGGGCGAAGACAGGAUUAUCCGCAUUUGGCGUGUUACUUCAGUGGAUUCAUCGUGCAAAUCUUUCACAUCUGAAGGACAUUCUGAUAGCAACCUGAAAGAAGGCAAAUCUAGUUUGAGAACAAAGAAGAGAACGCAUUCAUCUGUUGUCAUUCCUGAGAAGGUUUUCCAUAUUGAAGAGACACCAUUGCAAGAAUUUCAUGGUCAUACCAGUGAAAUUUUAGACCUGGCGUGGUCCAAUUCAAAUCACCUUCUUUCGUCUUCCAUGGAUAAAACUGUUCGUUUGUGGCUCGUGGGUUGCAAUUAUUGUCUGGGCAUUUUUCACCACAGUAGUUAUGUAACAUGCAUUCAGUUCAAUCCUGUUGAUGAGAACUAUUUCAUUAGUGGCUCUAUCGAUGGAAAAGUUAGAGUUUGGGGAGUGUCUGAGAAGCGAGUUAUUCACUGGGCCGAUGUACGAGAUGUAAUAUCUGCCAUAUGUUACCAGCCAGAUGGGAGAGGGUUUGUAGUUGGUACUAUUAUUGGCAGUUGCCGUUUCUACCAGGUAUCAGGCACUGAUCUCCAGCUUGAGGCAGAAAUACAUAUUCAAGGCAGAAAUAGAAACUCUGGCAACAGAAUUACUGGCAUUCAGUUUUCCCAGGAAAUAUGUCCAAGGGUUAUGAUCACAUCUGAAGAUUCUAAAGUUCGUGUAUUUGAUGGGGUUGAUGUUGUCAAUAAAUUUAAAGGUCUUCCAAAGUCAGGAAGUCAGAUGUCGGCUUCGUUUGCUUCAAAGGGGAGACAUAUAAUCUCGGUUGGAGAGGACUGUCGUGUUUAUGUAUGGAAUUAUGAUGGCUUGUGCACCCCAUGGUCUAAACACACAAAAUCUGUGAGGUCCUGCGAGUAUUUCUUCUCUGAAGGUGUGUCUGUUGCUGUGCCUUGGUCAGGCCCGGGAACUGAAUUGAGAGGCCUGAGCAGUAGAGGUCUCCGGAGUUAUGUGCAAACAGAGGGGGAUGCUUCCUGGAUGAGGGACUCGGACCGUUUUUCUCUUGGCAGUUGGUUCUUCAUGGAUGGCCGAUGCAGGGGUGGCUCUGCAACAUGGCCUGAGGAGAAACUUCCUCCGAGGGAUGUGCCAGUUUUAGAAGAUGAAUAUCAAAAUCAGCAAACUGAGGACCUUCAUCAACAGCAUUGCGUUAACACCAAUGACCAGAUCUCCCCACCAGAUGCAUGGGGCCUCGUGAUUGUGACUGCAGGAUGGGAUGGAAAAAUCAAAACUUUCCACAACUAUGGACUGCCUAUCAAGCUCAAAUAGAUUCAAGCGAUCUUCCUGGUUUUGCUAAUGAAGUUGACUCAAGUCUUCUGUUGUGAGAUGACACAUGGUGUCAUCCAAAUCUGUGGCACCUUGUGAUUCAGCCAGGAUCAUGUUAGCAUACAAGUCAAUGAUCGUGAUUCGCAGCUUUAAAUGCGAGCCCUACAUCUACUGUAGAUGUUUUUUAGUCUAGGUCUUGUACUUGGCCUUUUUCUUGGUAGAAUAUCCUCAAAUCAGUGGCAGCAAGUCUCUUGACAUGCUUUGUAAUUACUUUCAUGGCUUCUGCGUUCAUGCUCUGAGUCAUGCCACUGGUUCCCCACGUAUAUAUGGAAUGACGAAGAAAUGCAGUCAAUAUUUUUUAUUU